AUGAGAGAAAUCGUUCACGUUCAGGGCGGUCAGUGCGGUAACCAGAUCGGUGCCAAGUUCUGGGAGGUCAUCUCAGACGAGCACGGAAUCGACCCCACCGGCUCCUACCACGGUGACUCCGACCUCCAACUUGAGAGGAUCAACGUCUACUACAAUGAAGCCACCGGAGGAAGGUACGUCCCCAGAGCCGUCCUCAUGGAUCUUGAACCAGGAACCAUGGACUCCGUCAGAGCUGGACCCUUCGGUCAACUCUUCAGGCCCGACAACUUCGUCUUCGGUCAAACCGGAGCUGGAAACAACUGGGCAAAGGGCCACUACACUGAGGGUGCCGAACUCAUCGACUCCGUUUUGGACGUCGCCAGAAAGGAGGCUGAGGGCUGCGAUUGCCUCCAGGGCUUCCAGAUCACCCACUCCCUCGGAGGUGGAACCGGUUCCGGUAUGGGAACCCUCCUUAUCUCAAAGGUGAGAGAGGAGUACCCCGACAGAAUCAUGGAGACUUUCUCCGUCGUCCCCUCCCCCAAGGUGUCCGACACCGUCGUGGAGCCCUACAACGCCACCCUGUCCGUCCAUCAGUGUGAGAACGCCGACGAGUGCAUGGUCAUUGACAACGAGGCCCUCUACGAUAUCUGCUUCAGAACCCUCAAGCUCACCACCCCCACCUACGGAGAUCUCAACCAUCUCGUCUCCGCCGCCAUGUCCGGUGUCACCUGCUGCCUCAGGUUCCCCGGUCAGCUCAACUCCGAUCUCAGAAAAUUGGCCGUCAACCUCAUCCCCUUCCCCCGUCUCCACUUCUUCAUGAUUGGAUUCGCCCCCCUCACCUCAAGAGGAUCCCAACAAUACAGAGCUUUGACUGUCCCCGAGCUCACCCAACAGAUGUUCGAUGCCAAGAACAUGAUGUGCGCUGCUGAUCCCAGACACGGUCGUUACCUGACUGCUUCUGCCCUCUUCAGAGGAAGAAUGUCAACCAAAGAGGUCGACGAGCAGAUGCUUAACGUCCAGAACAAGAACUCUUCUUACUUCGUUGAGUGGAUCCCCAACAACAUCAAGUCAUCCAUUUGCGAUAUCCCUCCCAAGGGACUCAAGAUGGCCGUCACCUUCAUCGGAAACUCAACCGCCAUUCAGGAGAUGUUCAAGCGGGUCGCCGAACAGUUCACCGCUAUGUUCAGAAGAAAGGCUUUCCUCCAUUGGUACACUGGUGAGGGUAUGGACGAGAUGGAAUUCACUGAAGCCGAAUCCAACAUGAACGACCUCGUCUCAGAGUAUCAGCAAUAUCAGGAUGCCACUGCUGAGGAGGAGGGUGAGUUCGAGGAGGAAGAAGCUUGA